AUGAGCUACAGUACGUAUCCUAUUUGCUGUCACUGUCUCGUCUGAACGGUAUUACGCACAUAUUGGACGUGGAUACGUGGUAUUGAUUACGGUCGCUUUGGUUAUAGCAGCCCAACCCACCUAAAGUGGAUCAAAUGAAGACUUAAUACGCUUGCACCAUGAUCAAUGUGCUGGCAGUGUGUGUCCGUGCAGACUGUAUUGCAGGCUGAGACUGAAUGACACUGAGGUUUCAAGGCUGUGAGCCCUGUGGAGAGUGGUCAUGACCAGCCAGGGCAACAGUAGAAGUGGCAGGGGGAGUGGCCAUGACGCCUCUGCUCCUCCCCCGCCUCAUCAGACUCCUCCCCAGCGCUCAUUCCCUGGUCCCAAGCUGCAGGUGCAGCGCUCGCUCUCCCGCGACACCAUCACAAUCCACUUCUCAGCCCUGGGCAAGGAGGGAGAAGAGGAGGAUGAGGAGUUGUAUGGGACAGCUGUGGAAUCAAUAGGGGCGGUGGGACCAUCUAAAGGUCAGGAAGGCUCGGUGCCUGAGGAAACCCUGGGAAUUGCGACAGCCCUGGAGGCGAGUGAAGAGCUGCUCUUUGAGGCUGGGAGUCCUGAUACAACCAUUACCUCUGCUGCAGCGGACCUGCCUCUAUUCCAAACCCAACCUGUCGUACCCAGCAAACACUCACACACCCAGGCCGUGGCUAUCGUCCCAGCCUCCCCCCACCCCACUCCACCAGCCAGCUCCUCGUGGCCAUCAGAAAAAUCUCCUGUACUGCCACAUGCAUCUGUCUCCGGCUCCUCCUCCUCCAGCUGCUCCUCUCCAUCCAGGUCUGCGGCUACAUUGUCCUCUUCCAAGCCAUUCCUCAGUCUAGUUCGCUCCCUCUCCAACGACGUUGAGUCGAAAGACACCGCGUCCGCCCUGCCCCCUCCCCCUGGGCGCCAUCGCCACCUGAUGAAAUCUUUCGUCAAGUCUCUGUCCACUGACACGUCCAAACCUGACCACCAGGAGAUGUUGCAUCCUCACCAACUGGCCCAGACCGCGCAGCACCAACGUCCUCCAGAGUCCAGACGCAACAUGCAGCUCUUCAAGCAGUUCUCCCAGCCCCGCCUGUGCACCCCCACCCCCCCUGUCACCCCCAGGGCUGGGGGCGACUCGAAAACUGCUCCGUCCUCCCCCCUGCCCUCGCCAGAUGGCAGGUCCUUCUUCAAGGUCCAGGAGGUGGAGGCCAGGAUAGAAGAUACCAAGCGCAGGCUGUCGGAGGUGAUGUGCGAACCUUUACAGUUGCUGAGUAAGAUAAUGGGGGAUGAAGGUGGGACAGUGAGUGCAGGAGGAGCCGCCACUUUCAUGACCCCCCAUCGAUCCAAAUUGCUCUCCUCCAGCGCCUCAGAGCUCAGCACUGUGCCAGCUCUUAACGGGCAUGCCGAAAGCAACAACAACUACAGUAUCAAGGAGGAGGAGGGGGGCGAGCUGGAGGAGGAGACCCCCACAGGCCAAGGCCCAGACAUAGUUUUCUUCUCCUUCCCAGCCUCUGCUCAAGCUCCAGCCCACAGCCAGAACUUCUCCCCCCCUCUUCCCAGGUCGCCCUCCUUGGGCCUGGGCCGCUGCACCAUGUCUGCCCUGGUGGCUCGGCAGGAGGAGGAGGACUUUUGCGAGUUGUACAGCGAGGACUUUGAGCUGUGCACAGACGAGGAGACCCCUGAGGGGGAGCGCCCCGAGUCACGGCAGCCUCACACUGGCAGCACUGGCAUCUGUAGCGAGGUGGAGAGUGAGGUGGAGGAGGAGGAGGAGCUGUCCAGCGUGCCUAUGACAGCGUUGGUCUUUCUCACGCAGUUGGUGUACCUCUACCUGGUUUUACCCGUUCCAUCAUACAUGUGUGCAGUGGUCCAGGGGGUCGUGGCCGGGUUCAUGCUGGCCAUCCUGGUCCUCUGGUUGUCCGCCCCUGGAGGAACUUCAUACGGGCUGAGGAAACUCAGACGGAGGGGCCAGCAGUGGAAUGUAGCCCAACUGGACAUCAAAGAACCAGGCGUCUUCAAGGGCUGGAUGAAUGAGAUCCAGAGCUAUGACCCAGAGACUUACCAUGCCACACUGACCCACUCUGUCUACGUGCGACUGGAAGGCGCCACCCUUCGACUCUCCAAGCCCAACCGAAACAUUGCACGCCGCGCAACCCACAAUGAGCCCAAACCUGACGUCACCUACAUUAGCCAGAAGAUCUAUGACCUGGCUGACAGCAAGAUCCACCUGGUGCCCCAGAGCCUAGCCAGGAAGCGUGUGUGGAACAAAAAGUACCCCAUCUGUAUCCAGCUGGCCAAGCAGGAUGACUUCAUGGCCAAAGCCCAGGGAGAGAGGUCUGAGCCUGGGGAGGAGAGGGGGACCGUGGGGGUUGAGAGGCUGGAGGGAGCCGGGGUAGGAGAGGAGACCAGGAGACUGACAGGGGGGGAGCUGACUCUCUACUUGUUUGGGAGGACUGGGAGAGAAAAGGAAGAGUGGUUCCGGAGGAUCCUGAUGGCAUCCAGGUCAAGGUUGGAGGGGAGGAGUGGCAGUCUUCCAAGAGUGAAGAGUGCCUUCCCCCACUCCCACAGUCGCAGUGACAGUGGCCAGACUGGAGGAGCAGGUGCAAGCGCAGGAGGAGGAGCAGGAGGAGGGUUGGGCUCCCAGAGCAGGAGCAGCAGCCGGGGCAGUCUGAUGGAGGAGGUGCCCCCAUCCCAUCCCCAUAAUUCCUGGGGAAGUCUGGCUGGUGGUGUCCGUCAGAAGAUGCUGCUGGACUAUAGCAUCUACAUGGCCAAGUAUGUGAGCUCCACGCCCCCCCUGGACAGCCCUACCGCCUCUACCAGCCCCCCUGCUCUCAGCCCAACCACCAGCCCAAGAACCAGAAUGAAGUUGCCAAGAAGUCAAGGGGAGCGGGCUGAGACAGAGGCCUGGGUCAAUGCCCUCCUAGGGAGGAUCUUUUGGGACUUCCUUGGAGAGAAGUAUUGGGCUGACAUGGUCUCCAAAAAAAUCCAGAUGAAGCUCAGCAAAAUCAGGCUGCCCUACUUUAUGAAUGAGCUGACUCUGACAGAGCUGGACAUGGGUGUGGCCCUUCCAAAGAUCCACCAGGCCUCCAAACCCUCUGUGGACCAUCAAGGGCUGUGGUUUUACCUGGAGGUAUCCUACACAGGCUCUUUCCUCAUGACCCUAGAAACCAAAAUGAACCUGGCUCGUCUGGGGAAGGAGGGUGAAGGCCUGGGGGAGCAGGGCAAGGAGGGACCGCGGGCCUACUGUCUGGCUGACAGUGAUGAAGAGUCCUCCAGUGCAGGUUCCUCGGAUGAAGAGGAUCCCCCAGAACUCCUCACCGACAAAACCACCCUGCCAGGGGCAGAAGGCUACGUGGGAGGCCACAGGCCCAGCAAGAUCAUGCGCUUCGUGGACAAGAUCGCCAAGUCUAAGUACUUCCAGAAGGCCACGGAGACAGAGUUCAUCAAGAAGAGGAUGGAGGAGGUGUCCAACACGCCCCUGCUACUCACCGUGGAGGUCCAGGAGUGUCGCGGGACGCUGGCCGUCAACAUCCCCCCGCCCCCCACUGACAGGAUAUGGUAUGGCUUCAGGAGCCCCCCCCACUUGGAGCUGAAAGCUCGGCCCAAACUUGGGGAGCGGGAGGUGACAUUGGCUCACGUCACCGACUGGAUCGAGAAGAAGCUGGACCAGGAGUUCCAGAAAAUAUUUGUGAUGCCAAACAUGGAUGACGUGUGGCUACCCAUCAUGCACUCUGCCAUGGACACUCGUUCCAACACAUACUUUGGUACUGUGACAUCCAAUGCCUUGAGGGACAUGGACCACUCUGAACCUGAGGUCUCUGAUAUGUGAAGACACACACUUACGGUAUGUGUGGAAUACCAUGGCAAUACGACAGAAAGGCACAGGCCCACCUGGAGACACUUGUUGUGGACUUGAGAGUUGUGGCUUACUGUUCACUCUUCAUGGCAGUAGUCGAGUCCCAUUGCCGUGGCCACACUUACAUGAAAUGAAGAUAAAUUGUUUACUUUGACGAUCAGUAAAUCUGUUGCUAAAGGUAAUAGAUCUGGAUAUCUGAAAGUUGUCUGUUAAACACGUCCUCAGUUCAUUUGCCAGUCCCCUCCUGCGAAAUAAGAUCAACAGAAAAUGUUGCCUAUGAAGACUCGCAAGAGACACUGUUAAAAAAAACAUCCUCACUGAAAGAAAAGUAGGCCUAUAGACACAUGAUUGUGACAUGAUAAGAAGGCUUAGAUCACAGGUUUUUCUUCCAACAAGAUGGCCGUCCCCUGAAAACCAGAUGAACCACAAUACCUGUGAUGUUUAGCAGCUUCACCAAACAACAUAGAUUUACACUUCUCACAAGUGUGUGUAUCCAUAAUGUUGUUUUUAUUGAUGUGCCCCAGUCUUAUUUUACUGUCAGAUACUCAAAAGCCCAUGAGCCAAGCAUGGGUUGAGGGUUUCCAUUUCAAAACACAUCGGUGUUUUUGAUUCAGUGAAAUCAUUGUUUAUCGUUUCAUCAUGCUUCUGCAUCUAAUGCACACGUAAUGGGGUUCAGAGACAGUUGAGUUCUCCUGGCCCAACCCACUUUGCUGCCUGUGCCAUCUUCGCUGCCUGUGUCACCUGCAUGGCACCCCGUAUAUGCAAACAGAUCAAUGCCACUGUGUCCAUUAAACUACGAUACCAGCUGAAACUCCUCCCUGUGCCAAAAGAGCCCAUAGGAGACAGGUCCGAGUAGUCAAGGAAACCUCAACUCGUCCUUCAAUGUCUUCAGCAAAACAAUUGCUCUAAACCAGUUCAACUAAAAAUAUUUUUUUUGCAGUGCGUCACAAAUGACAGAUUACUUAUACAGAUAUCUAUGUUCCAAUUGUUGUAUGUAGGCCUAAUGAAUGUACAAUAAACUGGGUUCAGUUUCAUAAAAGUACAACAUACUUAAAUUGAUGUUAGCGGUGUAUCGCUUGCUGAUAGAUGGGGUUGUGAACACAGCUGCCAUUAAGAUUAACUGAAUUUUGUCUGUCUUCUUGGCCAUAGCAGUCCCAUCUUGACACUUACAGGGAUACUGAGCUUCUCCUCACCUCCCCGACCCCCCCCCCCCCCAUUGCAGGUGAUAACUAGGAUAAACAGACUUCUGCCAUACUGCUCAACUGCCAGGGUUGAGCCAGUCUGCAAACAAAAAUCAUGAUUUUGUUUAUGUAGCUAUUGUCGGUGUCAUGUUUCACGUUCUGUACAGUACAUAUGAAAGACAAUAGGUAAUAUCAACCAUCUGCAAAUGCCAGACUAUAGUAAAAUGUGUUCCAUGAAAUUUGCCAAGAACAUGUUUGCACUUCUGUUUUACAGUUAAAUCUGUUUUUUAGUCUUUCUGUUCAAAUUGUGUUGGCUAACAGUGUAUGAGGCAGAAGUGCCUUUAAAAUAAUCUGACAUUCCUCUAGUUGGUUCAAUCGGUUCCAGUUUCAAACUGACAGCAAACUUUUGAACGUGUGUGCCAUCUACUGUCUGUUUAUGCUCUUGGUUUUAAAUUUGUUUAGCUUUUAUUACAUUUGCAGUGGUAAAAAAUGACAUUGCUAUUGUGUUCAGUGAUUGUGACUGAUAUAUGGUGGCUCAAUAAAUACCCUUUUGCUUCAAAA